GAAGCCCACUAUCUGACCACUGUUUCGUUUUUAAGUUUUUUAUUUUAUUUUAUUUUUUGCACGUGGAAAAAAUAUAGCUAAAAGUGUAUGUAACUAUACUUGGAGUUUGAGAAAUAUGUUAAACUUGCACCGGGGUUAGGAAUAUUAAACGCGCUUCUCGGUUGUUGACAUCUUACUGAAUAAUCUGAAGAAUCUGGCUAUUUGGGCACGUGAAUCAAUCACUUCAUAAUGGCAUAUCGACGAGGUCAGAGACCAAUUCGAGAUGUGUAUGAAGAACACUUUAGAGCAACGGACAGUAGAAAGGUGACAGUCGGAAGAACUGUCAGUAUUUAUGAAAAGAGGAGCAACACAUGGUCAGAUGACUAUGACACCGGCUAUCAUGGCAACCAAUGGCGUGAUUAUUCUCAGUACAUGGAUGCAAGAGAAUAUAGUGGAGAACGUGAAUACUCAUUUGACGAUCAUCACUUACUUGACGAAAACCCAGGCUUUGUCAAUUUUCAUCGGAAAUCGCCACCCUCACGAAACGAUGGCUUUUACUCCGGUUAUAGUUUGACACAAGAUGAUUUACGGCAUCAAAUAGAUGCAAGGAGCAGUAACAGAGAUCGGCCUUAUUGCAACAGAGGUCGAAGUUUAAAUUAUUCAUCGAGAGAGGACCAUAAUGACUACAGGAGGCGAGGCCGAGAACCCCAUGCACAUGGUCGCCCUUCCCAGCAAGUUGAAGUUGUUUAUUCCCGAUCAAAGAAUAGAAGCUUUUCCCCUAAGAGGGACAAAAGCUACACACUCCAUCAAAGCCAGCGGAGGGAAAAGCCCAGUGUGACAACUGACAACACUGCCAGCAUUACUGUGGAGGACUCCUCUCACAGCUCAGGAUCUUCAAAGGUAUCGGCAUCACGAGAAAUCUCUGUCCAGCGAACUGUUGACAACACAAGCUCUUCCCAGGCAUCCCUCAACCUCAAAGACCAAGAUCUUUCAGACAAGAAUGUUAUUACUGAGGAAAAAAGUGUUGCAUCUGUGGAGGAGCCAGAGGAGGUGGUUGCUGCCAGCGUGGAGCCGAAGUCGACACCAGAGGAAGACAUUAAGGCUCGCCGGUUGGAGGCCAUUAAAGCUAAAGCUCUGGAAAUUGAAAAGCAUUACAGGCAGGACUGUGAGACGUUCCGCACAGUGGUGAAGAUGUUGGUGGCCAAGCAGCCCAGCUUGGAAAAUCUGCUACAGGCUCCACUCGAUGAGAACUUGCUGGAGCUGAAGCAGCAUUGCCUAGAUGCCCUUAAGCACUUUGUGAAGGAGCUAGACCAGGUUUUACUAUCACAAGAGCCCAGUGCCUUGAAAUGAGCCACAGGUUACAAAACACAUUCAUGUAUUGGCAAUUUGGAGAAUUGAAUGGAAUGGAAAAAAUGUUCCAGGUACAGGGUGACUCAAAAAAAAACAAAACAAAACAAAACAGAACCCAUGGAAAUUGUAAUAAAUCCUACAAAGGUCUUAAACUUCAGACUAUUGUUCCAGUUGUCUUCCCCAACAUGUCUUCGUCAACCAAGGAAAAGACAUUUUGCCUGGAGCCCUAUUUCAUCAGUAAAUCAUACCAUUUGGAGAAUAAUUUUGAAAGAACAUGACUUUUAUGCAAAGUGAGCAAGAUAACUGAAACUUUGAGGAAUGAUUGUACACAGACUGAAGUUAGAAAUUUGCUGGACCGUUGUAGGAUUAUUACAAUUUUUUGAGUUGUGUUUUUUUGGGUCAGCAACUACUUGCUCAUGCUACCAGUUUUUAUGAAUUGUUAUGAUUUUUGUUUUUAAAUAAAAUACUGUCUUUUAUUCAGAUUUAAGUAAAAUGGGGAAAAUGACAGAAUUUCACUUUUCAAAAACAAAAAUUAAGAUCUUAAAUGAUUGUGGCUAUAUUUUUACAGUGUGAAGUACUUCUAGUAUUGAGGUAAAUAGGAUAAAAAUGAAAUGAUUCAGAGAUAGGAAAUUAUGAAUUGCUUAGAAUCUAUUUUGUGCUACCAUUUGCAGUUGAUAUGAUUUUGAAAAGUGACAUUAACAUUUCAUUGUGCCAAAAGCUUUGUUUAUGUUUAGAUUCUAAUGAUUUAAGCUUUAUCAGAAAUACUGAGUGUAUUUAACAAUUUCUCUUAUAAAUUUUCAAGGUUUUUAUUGAUAUGUCACAUUAUCUGCAUUCAGUAUCUUGUGUUUUUCCAUCUUUGAAAUGGAGGAAAUGGUGUAUUUGUUUAAUACUUGCAAGAACAUAAUGAGUGCUAACUCUAAUGCAAACUUUUUUAUACGAGCAGUGUUGAAUUUUAAUGUUAGAUUCAUUUAUUGAAUUUUGAUUGGUUUUAGAUUUUCAUGUACCUUGUUUUUUGGGGGGUAAAUAAAAGUCAACAU